UUCAAUGAUUUCACAAAGAUUUAAAAAAAUUGUCGUCGAAAAAUAUAAUUUUUUUUUUGGUAAACAAAAAGUAAGAAAAAAUUGUUUUAGUGAAAAUUUUUAGUUGAAAUGAAUAAAGUUGUAAUUUUAAAUUGCGACAAUUGCUUUAUAUGCAAUGUGUAUCUUGGACCGUUUCGGAAUAGCUUGAAUUCGAGCACGGAGGACAGUGAUAAGCCGAUUUAUGAAUUGUUGGAAACCCUCAUCAACAUCCGCAUCACCAGAAAAAUCCAACACGAGUCAUCAGUCUGUCAAGAAUGUUUCCUAAAAAUCGAAAAAUACAAUAAUCUACAAAGGGAAUGUUACGACAUCCAACAAACACUCUACGAUCUCUACCACAACUUUCACUUAAACCAACGACAAUCAGCAAUGGAUUGCAAUGAGUUCUUAGCAGUUAAAAUGGAAGAAUCCACAGAUCCAGUCGUCAAAAUUCGCUGUCAAAAGUGCAACAAAUCAUUCAGCAAUAUCCACGAGAUGGGCAACCACAAAGAUUGCAAAAAGUCAAAUACGACAAAAAUUGACAAUCAAAAAAUCUCAAAAACUUUCAUUAAACAUGCUGGCAAGAUGGGACUUAACUACGACUACGAAUCAUUCCAAAAUGCAUUCUUUACAGAUGCUGAGAAGGAGGCAUCUGGUCGACCAGUCAAUAAGAAGCCAUUGCCACCGUCCAAAAAGAAAUUUGAUGAAAAAAUAUCAGAAAAAUUCAAAAGAAUGGCAAAAUCGAAAGGAAUUAACUACAACAUUGAUGCCUUCCAUCGUGCAUUCUUUACCGAAGGCGAAAUAAACUCAAAAAAUAAGAAAAAGGAACCGACAUCGCCAAAAGUUCAGUCAGGACAGAAGCAAUCACCACAAGCAUCAGCAAAAAAGAAGCAAGUCGCUAAAAAUUUCGUCAAAAUUCUCGAAAAUGACGGCAUCAACUACAACCUCGAGACAUUCCAGCGUGCAUUUGGAUUCACUGAGGAUGGUGAGUACAAAAGGAAGCUGAAGCGACUCCAAGACAGAGAAAGUGAAUUUAAUCAGCAGAAAGAGAAUGGAAGUGUCAAAUGUUCUUACUGCGACGAGCGAUUCUCAUCCCGAGCAUUAUUUGUUGAGCACACGAAGAUCCACAAGCCAGCUAAUGAGUUCCACUGCGUUGACUGUGACAAGGACUUUAAAACGAAGAAUUGUCUCGCAUUUCAUGUCGCGUCAGAUCAUGAACGGAAGAAGACUGGACCAUUUGAGUGUCCAAUAUGCUUUAAGACUUAUCCUGAUCGAAAUGCCUUCCGUGCUCAUUAUUACAUCCAUAUUAUGGACAGGAAGUAUCUUUGUGUUAGAUGUGGUGCCAAUUUUUAUCAUAAAAAGUCAUUUGAAAUGCAUGUGUUGAUGCACGACGAUAUUCGACCAUUUGCUUGUGAGAUCUGUAAUAAGGCAUUCCGUACGAAAGGAAAGCUGAAGAUUCAUUUGAGAGUCCAUACUGGAGAGAAGCUCUAUGAAUGUCCACAUUGUCCUGGAAAGAGAUUUAGACAGAAAUGGGGAAUGGAUUUACAUAUAAGGAAGACACACAUGAGUGAAGUUCAGAACUUGGUUCAGUGUAGGAUUUGUGGUAUGCAGUUCCAGGCAAAGUCUAAAUUGAGGCAGCAUUUGGCUAAUGCACAUGAAGUUGCUGACACUAAUGAGCCAUUUAAUAUUGGUGAUGAUGAUUAGGUAUGGAAGGGGGAUGUGGGGUUGGGUUAGAUGGAGUGGGGUAGAAUGUAUUGAGUGAUAUUGAAUGAAGAAGAGGUUUUGAUGGAACCUAGACAAGGAAAUGUAGACAUUAAGACAAUUCUGAGGCAAAGGGGGUCUGAAAAUUGAAAUGUUGAAAUAUAAAUCUUUUUGAAAAAAAAUGUAUCCCACUUGAGGGGGUCCGAAAUCUAUUCAUACCACCCCCCUCCCCUCCCCAUCUACCGCUCAUUUAAUUUUAUAAAAUUCUAGGUCUAAAAAAUGUAUUAAAAAGUCAGUCACGCAUGCCAAAUUUUAAAGAUUUUUGAGAAUGAAGGGGGAGGGGGG